AGCUCCCAGGAGCUCAUUUGUCUGUUGAAAGCUGCUCAUCAUCCGGAGGCUAGCAAUCCGACACUUCUGCUUUCCGUUUCUUGUUCGCUUUCUCUAACGAGGGCUCCCAUUCCCGCCCCGUGCGGUCGCCAAGCUGCGUCCAUAUUCGAGUUUUCAGAGAGCGUGUCGUUCUAAUCAUGUCGGCCCCGGCGGCAUCCUGCUCAUCGAGCGCGUCAGCACCGCCUCCCAUCUCCAACGCGCCCUCGUCCUCCUUCCCUGUCCCCGACACCCCGGUUCCCAUCCCGCCCGUACUAGCUCCGAAUAAUGCAGCCAAUUCGUCCAACACCGCGAAGUCGUCCCACCUUCCGCCGUCCCUCUCGUCCUCCUCCCCGCGCCCUCGGCAAUCCCACUCCGCCUCGGCGUCGACGUCCGCCGGAAGCGCUGCGUCACCUCCGACGACCGCGUCGGCAGCUACCACAUCUGGCACCGCGGGGGCUGGGGAUGCCGCUCACCCGCCCCCGCCGCGAACAGCAACAACGACGCAGCGCCACAUCGAUGAGGCGCGCGCGGCGGUGGUGGCGUCCAUGUCGAACAUGCUCGACUCGGAGCUGCAGUCGCGCGCGUCGCUGCUACACGCGAACGCAGCGGCGCUAACGAAGCAGGAACGCGACGUCGAGCGGGCGACCGACGGUCUACGCCGGGAGAAUGACAAGCUGCAGAAGCUAGCUCGCGACACGGAGCGUCGGAUCAAGGAGCUCGGCAACGUGCAAAACUGGGCCGAGGUUCUUGAGCGCGACUUCCUCGUGCUCGAGGAGACUAUGCGUCUUGUGAGGGAAGGCAGCGGAAGCGACAGCUGUAGCCAGUGCAGCAGGAGCAGCUGGUCCGGCAGCGACAGUAGACCAGGCAGUCGUCAGGGCAACACAGCAGAUGGCGGUGUGCGAAUGAGAAGAGGGGCUGGCGUCGUUACGGACGAGGCAAUCACAGCGCUCAUUAGCGAGGCCAUGGCCACAGACCUACAUGAAGCCCUGAGGCUCGGCCCACCGGCGCUAGAACUAGUCCUCGACGCGGGCCUACGGAGCGCGCAGCAGGCACCGACGAGCUUAGCCAAGGGCAAGGCGCCGGCCGUCGACGACAGGAUGAAUCUCGAAACCUAUCGAGCCCCUGAGCCGUCUAGCCCGCCCAACGCGAGCACCCCCCAGCCGGAAGCGGCCGUCGAGCGAACCGCGACCGCAGAUACGAUAGAGAAUCCGACGCGAGAUCCCGACCCUUUGGCGGUGACGGGCUGAGGGAUGAUAUGGCUGACAAACUACCUAGGUAGCUAGUUAACAUACGCAGGGCGUGCGAGCGCAGUUGCGGAUACGCACACUCGUACCAACGAGCGGACGCACAAUCUUUGGCGGCACGGCUACGCUGCGUUCC